UUGUUGUCAACAUCAUUCAGCUAUUAGACAUCCAAGAUGAAGUUUCUUGUGCUAUCCUGUGUCGUUGCUGUGGUGUUGGCUGAGCCGCCUCGCUUUAGACCAGCGAGGUUUAGGUCCCAGCGAAUCGAACUAGCCCCAACGACCACUGAUGCACCAAUGGAGUCAACCACAGAUGGUGGUUAUGCGCCCUCUGGAUGGAAACCAGCUGGGCAACCGUUUACGCUUCCCAACGAGCAACCUGCGGAUUCUUACGGAGCGCCCCAACAAAGUGGUCCGUACGCUCCAUCAGGAUGGAAGCCUGAUGGCCAACCCUUCACUCUUCCGAAUGAACCUCCUUCAACCAACUACGGUACUCCUGACAACACCUAUGGAGCGCCUGACGCCGAAACGACCACUGCCCCGACAACGGAUAACCCUCAAGCGGAGAAACUAGACGGCCCAGUGGAAGUCCAAAAGAGUGUUGGAGAGUACUACGUACUUCUUCCCGAUGGGAGACUUCAAAAAGUGGAGUUCAUGACUGAAAAUGACAUUCAGAAUAUGAAGUAUACCGCUCGUCUUCAACUGCGUAACCCCGCUCCCUUGUUUGUGUUUGGACCUUGAAAAUGUGAUACUCCUGAUACUCAUAUAAAUGUAACGAUAAAUAAAAGUGUAAUUAAAGUGCAAGUACAACACCA